CCGCGGCGUCAGACCACGCGCCGUCCACCGAGCGCACCCGUCUGUCGGAGCGGACCCCAGCAGCUUCUGCCCAUCGCUCCAGGAGCCAGGCCGAACAUUCAGAAAAGCAGACAGAGUCAUCAAAAGUCAUGGACCACGAGCAGUUCCGACAGGCUGGAAAGGAAAUGAUCGACUACGUCGCCGACUACCUGCAGAAUAUUAGGGAAAGACGGGUGCUGCCCACGGUACAGCCGGGCUACCUGCGCGCCCUGAUCCCUGACCAGGCUCCCGAAGAGGGCGAGAGCUGGCGGGAAGUCAUGGACGACGUGGAGCGGGUCAUCAUGCCCGGUGUGACGCACUGGCACUCGCCCCAGUUUCACGCCUACUUCCCCACGGGCAACUCGUACCCAGCCAUCUGCGCCGACAUUCUCAGCGACGCCAUCGGCUGCAUCGGCUUCACAUGGAUCGCCAGCCCGGCCUGCACCGAGCUGGAGGUGGCCAUGCUGGACUGGCUGGGCCGGGCGCUGGCGCUGCCGGAGCCGUUCCUGGCCAGCUCGGGGCUCGGCGGCGGCGGAGUGAUCCAGGGCACCGCCAGCGAGGCCACCCUGGUGGCACUGCUGAGCGCUCGCAGCCGCCGGGUUCGCCAGCUUCGCCAGCAGCACCCGGACUGGACCGAGACGGCCGUCACCGGCCAACUGGUGGCCUACUGCUCCGACCAGGCGCAUAGCUCGGCGGAGCGGGCCGGCCUGCUGGCUGGAGUGCGCAUGCGCCAGCUGCCGACCGACUCCAAGUUCUCGCUGCGCGGCGACACGCUGGCCAAGGCCAUCCAAAACGACACCGCCCGAGGACUCAUACCGUUCUUCAUGCUUGCCACACUGGGCACCACGCCCAGCUGCGCGUUCGACGCGCUGCCGGAGCUGGGCGCCGUCUGCGAGCGCCAGCAGGUGUGGCUGCACGUGGACGCGGCGUACGCGGGCUCGGCGUUCCUCUGCCCCGAGUUCCGGCACCUGCUGGACGGCGUCGAACUGGCGCACUCAUUCAACUUCAACCCCCAUAAGUGGAUGCUGAUCAACUUUGACUGUUCGGCAAUGUGGGUGAAACGGGCGAACGACCUAGUGGACGCUUUUAACGUGGACCCGCUCUACCUGAAGCACGACAAACAGGGCCUGGUGCCCGAUUACAGGCACUGGCAGAUUCCACUGGGACGCCGGUUCCGCUCUCUGAAGCUGUGGUUCGUGCUGCGCCUGUACGGACUGGCCGGAGUGCGUGCGCACAUUCGGCGCCACGUGCAGCUGGCGCAGCUGUUUGAACAGCGCGUGCGCGCCGACCCGCGCUUCCAAAUAGUGACGCCCGUCACACUGGGCCUCGUCUGCUUCCGACUCCAGGCUACGAACGAGACCAACGAGGCUCUGCUGAAGGCCAUCAACGCCGCCGGCCGGAUCCACAUGGUGCCCUCCAUGCUGCGCGACACGUACAUCCUGCGGUUCGCCGUGUGCGCGGCCAGCACCGAGGAGCGCGACAUCGAGCUGGCCUGGGCCGAGGUGGAGCGCCAGGCCGGCCGACUGCUGCCGCCGCCCUGA